ACUAAUCUAUAAUACUGUCAGUGGGGAACAGCAACUGUUUGGUAGCAGCGUUCUUCCAAAUAUAUUCAAAAGAAUAUUAUUCGUACAGGUUUGGAACAACUUGAGAGCUACCGCACCAAACCAGCAGAUGGCAGUAAUGCACCACGCUUUCCGCUUUCACCCUGUGGUGUUAAAGCAGAGAAAGAACUGUAGUGGCAAUAUGGCAGCGUACUGUAAGAAAUGACUUUCUUUUAAAAGAUGAAUCAAGCUUUGUGAGCUUUUUACAUCAGUGUAUGUUUGUACUUGUUUUCAUUUGGUGGAUCUAGUGUUAAAGCUAGUGUGAAAUGAGCACAUUACAGUUCAUGUUGGAUUCCUCUUACAAUAUAGCAGUUGACGCAUCAAAAGCCCAUCUGAAAGCACAAUGACAGUCGGUAAGACAGCUGUGAAGGUGGUGCAUUUAGGAAGGAUUUCCUACCACGGUGCCUUGAAGGUCCAGCAGCAGCACAUAAAGCAACAUCUGGAUUUGUCCAGCACCAACCCAAACACUUUAUUACUGUGUGAACACGAGCCUGUGUACACCAUCGGCAUCAGACAGGCUCCUUACCCUCCUAAGGAGGAGCAAAGACUCAAAGCUCUAGGCGCAGACUUCUUCCGUACCAACCGAGGAGGUCUGAUAACAUUUCAUGGUCCUGGUCAGCUGGUGUGUUAUCCCAUCCUUAACCUGGGCUGCUUUAAGAAGAGUGUGAGAUGGUAUGUGUGUGAACUGGAAAAGACGGUGAUCAACAUGUGCAGUAAAUUCGGAAUCGAAGCCACCACUUCUCCAGAUACAGGCGUCUGGGUGAGCAACAACAAAAUCUGUGCAAUUGGUAUUCAUUGUGGAAGAUAUAUCACCUCCCAUGGACUGGCUCUUAACUGCAACACAGACAUGAGUUGGUUUGACAACAUUGUGCCGUGUGGCAUUGUGGGUAAGGGUGUGACGUCACUGAGCCGAGAGCUAGGACGGGACGUCCCAACUGAGGAAGCUGUACCAAAACUGCUGGAAGCCUUCGCUGAACAAUUUAACUGCACUUUAACAUAAUUAAUAAAUGUUUGAAUAGUUUCAAGUGUUUGAAUAUGUGCUUGUAUUGAUAUGGCUGUUUAUGUGCAAUAUCAUUUUAUCUUCCUGAAGAAAUACUGUAGUAGUACCAUGGUACAGUGAUGUAUCAGAUGGAAAUGGUACAGCAUACUUGCAGUAUUCAUGGAACAAAGUUGCUUCAAAGAAUAUCAUGGUCCAAAAAUGUUGUUCAUGGAUGACCAAACAGAUUUUCUUCGUUUGUUUUGUUGAGAAAUGUUGCUUGAGCAAGUGAACAAUAUAAACACUGAAGACAGAAGUGAUACAGUGCAGCAAUACAUUUUACAGGGUUCCCACGGGUCCUUGAAAUACUUGAAAGUUUGUGAAUCUGAAAAAUUAUAAGGCCCUGGAAAGUUUUUGAAAAGAAACAUACAUAGAUACAGGUCCUGUAUUGCUUGUAAGUGCUUGAAUUUAUUUUGUUCCAUAUUAUUCCCUUGGGUCUGCUAAUGUGUUAUUUCUUCAACACUUCAUGGCCUAUGCAUACUACCUUGCUUGAUUUACGUUAGUUAGGGUGACCAUACGUCCUCUUUUUUUCUGGACAUGUCCUCGUUUUGGACCUAAAAUAUGCGUCCGACCGGGAUUUCUAACCUCCCCAAAAUGUCCAAUGAUUCGGCUUUUGCUUUUUACAGUCACCAUUCAUUGUGUGUGUUUUUGCAUUAAAGCCCUACGGGACUGUUUUCUUGAUCCCCCUCCCACUGAAUUUCGGGCCAUUACCGCCUGCUCACGCAAUCAUUCUAAUACUGAAUAAAAUUUUCACGCAUCAGGGAGCCAGUAUCCUACGCGGAGUGUUUAAAUCUCAUUUAAAUGAGCAGCUAUUCACUUUCAAUCGAUCACACACACACUGUAUAAAGGAAGCACAUCUUACAAGAUCAGAUAUGAACACAUUAUCUGCUAAGCAGCAAAUCCUCCAGCAUGAUUUGUCAGUCAUCUCUCCUUACUCUUGUCUUGACCCAUGGUCAGUUAAAUCUGAUUCCUGCAGCUUGUGUUGGAUCCAGGGUUGCCAAAUCUGCAUUUUUUGCACAGAACUGGGCCGAUUUUAAACUCUUGCGGAGGCUUGAUUUUCUCCUGUAGGUUAAAUGUUUAACAUAUUGCAUAAAUUACAUUUGACUGAAAUGCUUUUAUUGAAACAUUUUUCAUUCUACCUAUGAUAAAACUAGCCACUGGUAGGAAGCCUUUUAGCUGUGUUUAUGAUCAAUCUGCACAAGGGUGACUGUAAAAAUAUACAUUUUAGGUAUGGAAAUUAAAUAUUUUGAGUUUUGAUAUGGGAUAUGGUCAUUGUGCUACUUUGGGGGCUUUUUUAUGCAAAACAGAAAUACAACAAAAAGAAUAUCAGAUAUCUCUGUCAUAUAGCCAGAAAUAAAUAAUUGAAUUUGAGGGUACUGGACCUGGAAAGUCCUUGAAAGGUCCUUGAAUUUGAAAUUAAUCUAGGUGUGGGAACCCUGAUUUUAGGAUCUAACCUCAAACUAACAUAAAAUAUGAAAACACUAAUAACAAAUAGGCAUAUACUGAAUGAAUUGAGGUCAAAAUACUAUUCUGACUGGUUAUGGCUUCUGGAUUGUGUUCUAGAAAUUAAAAGCAGUUAUUAAAAGCAAUAUCACUGAUUAUCUUAUGACACACCUAUGUUCUUGAUUUCUAAGCAAACUGUCAUGGGUCGCUCAGAUGUUAACCGUCAGUGACAUCUGGAUAUGUACUAAGGAUGUCAUUUGUGUGUGCUGUCUGUUAGUGGUUUUCAUGACUGUACGUGAGACAUACUGCUGGCAUGAGAUCAGCAGGAUAAAAAUAUUCCAGGCAGUGAUUUGAGCAUGUAAUUAUCAUGAAUUAUUUAACACAUUUUCCGGAAGUGGACGAGUACAGUAAACACUACUGCAUUGCUGACAUGGGAAAAAUUAGUCUCCCUUAUACCAAAUUACACAUGUUGGUUUUAACAUUCAUAAAUUAUUAAACAGAAAACCUGAAUGAGAUUAACACUGCAAUUACCAAUUAUUAUUAUA